AUGUCAGCAUGUGCAUGUGCCUGCUGCUCCAUCUUGUGACUUGGGCAGUCGUCAAGUCGUCUCGUCUCCACUAGAGAACACCGGGAAAAAAAAAGCCGGCCUGCCAACCACACGGUUUCCUUCUUCUUCCUGGUCCUUGCCUGCAGCUGCAUUUGACGCGAUGAUGGUGCUCACGCGCAAAAAGGACCAAAAGCAGAGCACGCAGGAAGGAACCCGCGUUCAGUUUCAACCAACCUCGAUCCUUUCUUUCUACUUGUAAUGAUCGUCCAUCGCUUCAAAUCCCAUUCUUCCAUCACCAUCUACCCAUCGUCUUCAGAAGCUUCAUUCAGUCCAGCAAUCCCAUAUUCCCAUUCCAAUUAAUGGAGUCGUCGUCGGUGCCCGGCAGCAGCUUCGUGAUCCUGUCCGUGUCCAUCGUCGGCAUCCUCUCCACCGCGCUCCUGCUGCUGGCCUACUACCUCUUCCUCACCCGCUGCGGCCUGCUCUUCUGGCGCGCCGACCAGAGCAUCUCCGUCGCCGUCUCCGUUACGCAAGAACCACCCCGCCGGAGCGGCGGCCUCGAGGAGGUGGCCAUACGCCGGAUCCCCACCUUCCGCUACGGCGGCCAGCAGCUGUUACCAGUGGCCAAGGCCGGCACCGCAGCAACCGAGUGCGCCGUGUGCCUGGCCGACUUCCGCGACGGCGAGCGGCUCCGCCUGCUGCCGCCGUGCCUCCACGCCUUCCACAUCGACUGCAUCGACGCCUGGCUCCAGGCCACCGCCAACUGCCCGCUCUGCAGGGCCGCCGUCGUUGAGCUUCAGCCUGCCGACGGCAUCGUCAUAGAUAUUGCUACCACAACUUGCCCCGAGGCAGAGGAAACACCCAGCAGCACCAAUAACUUGCUGCCGGUGCGGCGGUCGCUGUCCAUGGACUCGUCCACCGACAGGCGCUUCUACCUCGCUCUGCAGAGGAUCCUGCUGCUGCAGCAGGGUUCGGCCUCCCAAGGAGAAGCCGCCGGCAAAGGGGACACCGCCGCCGACAGUUCGUCGAGGAGGCUGCGGCGGUCCUUCUUCUCCUUCAGCCACAGCAGGGGGGAAUCCCGGAGUGCGGUCCUGCCACUCUGACUAGCUCACUGACUUGAAUUGCCGCCCACGGCAGCCGGCAUUCCUUCCCCCCAACAUUCAAUUCAACCGAUUCAUCAGCUCUCUUUUUUAUAAAAAACUUGUAGCUAGAAUAGAUGCUUACUAUACAUAAUGUGAUAUACAUACUGCUUAGUACCAUUCUUUUUCCGUCUUGAUCGAUCAUUGGUCAAAGUUGGACACCGAACAAGAGUGUAGUACGAUGUGAGUGCUUGUCA